AUGAGAAAUAAAACUGAUUUUUCUAACUUUGAUCAGUUCUGUUUGGGUUGUUUUAGCUAUACAGAUUUAGAAAAUGUAGAUCCCAUUCUUAACGGUGGUUUUUCAGUGCUGCUAAAGAAGACAUGUAGAUUGGACCUACUCUUAGUUGAUGAUGAAAAUAAUCAGGAAAUUGGAUCUUCUGAAAAUAUCAACUUCAGAAUAAUGACUAAUGGGCCUAAAUCGUUCCCUGAUGUAGUUAGGCUAGAGCUUACAAGUGACAAUGACCUUUUCUUUUAUUACGUGCUAGAUCUAACAGAGCUUGACUUCCACAAGUUAAAGUUGACUCAAAAUUUAACAUGUGAAUAUCCUAGAUUCACUGAUAUGCUAGGGAAAAUGAUCAAUAAUAUUAUUGAUGAUCCAUUAAUUUACUCAGUUAGGUUCUUAAUGAAAAGUGACGGCACAGGUUGUCUGAAAUUUCUACAAAAUAUGGACUAUAAACUCUUGGAGUUAGUAAAUCUCGAAUUUUUGCAACAGUCAGAAGAUGCAGUCCGGAAUUCUAUAACCUAUAGAUAUAACUUUUUGAGAAGCAAAGUUGCCAUAAUGGAAGCGAGAUUUAUAGAGAUAUCCAAUUUGCUUAGCAUUAGAAAUCCAGUAUUACUUCACUACUUGCAGCGGCGGAUUCAAAGCCAGAACAAGCAUAAUUAA